AUGAGGCUACGUUCACACCAAAAAUGGCAUUUAAUUGCUCUCACUGCGGCCUGCUCAUUUUUUGGCUUCUCCCAAGCCUCCCUCGGUGAUAGGCUGCCCGAGUUCAAAGAAUGUGUGAAGGUCUGCAAAGAAGCCAAUUGCGGAGAUAACCCGACGCCCAUAUCUCUCCACCACCGGCUCCUACUCUGGGACUGCCCGUCCGAAUGCGACUACACAUGCCAGCACGUCGUGACCGACAUACGGCUCGCGCGCGACCCUCCCUACAUGCAGCCGAUCUACCAAUUCCACGGAAAAUGGCCGUUCUACCGCUUCCUAGGCAUGCAGGAACCCUUCAGCGUCAUCUUCUCCCUCUUCAACUACCUCGCCCACGACUACGGCAUCUCCCGACUCCGCAGCGAAGUCCCCGCCUCCUACGCCCUGCGUAAAUACUACCUGCUAUUCGGGUACUUUGGGCUGGCGAGCUGGACAUUCAGCAUGCUGUUCCACACACGCGAUUUUGCUUUCACGGAGAAGAUGGACUACUUCGCUGCGGGCGCUAGCGUCAUGUACGGGCUGUACUACGCGCCAAUCCGCAUAUUCCGCCUGGAUAAGCGCGACGCGGUCAAGCAGAGUGUGUUGAGGGCCUGGACACUGCUAUGUCUCUCGCUCUACUCUGCACAUGUCUUGUAUCUCUCGCUGUGGAGUUGGGAUUACACGUACAAUAUGGCAGCGAACGUGGCGGUGGGGAUCGUGCAGAACUUGAUGUGGAGUUGGUUCAGUUACAAUCAGUACAAGAAGUUGAAUAGGACGUGGGCGAUGUGGCCAGGGUUGAUCGUUGCGUGGAUAGUCAUGGCGAUGAGUUUGGAGCUGUUGGACUUCCCGCCCUGGUGGGGCAUGGUUGAUGCGCAUAGCUUGUGGCAUCUGGGGACUGUUGGGCCUACGAUUUGGUGGUACAACUUUCUACUCAAGGACGCGCACGAGGAUUUACAAGGGACGCGACUGAAGGCUUAG